AUGGCAAACAAACCAACUAUAGCCAUCAUAGGCAACGGCUGGGCAGGAUUCACAUUGGCCCACGGCCUUCUUAUGUCCAAAUAUAACGUCAAAGUCAUCGCUCCGCUUAGGACGGUACAGUACACACCUCUUUUAGCCAGCGCCGCCGCCGGGCACUUCGACUUUCGACUUGCAGAAGAGCCUGUUCGCCGAAGAAACCGCCUCCCAGAGCUCCAAUACCACAAAGCCACAGUUGAGAGUGUCGAUUUCGAGAAGAAACUCGUGUACUGCAAACCCGCUCUAGCGAACCUCGCCGGGAAUGAUUUCAGCAAAGCGGAGCGAUUUGAGAUUCGAUAUGAUAAACUCGUCAUUUGUCCAGGAUGUAUCAAUCAAACGUUCGGGACGCCUGGUGCAAUGGAGCAUGCCAACUUCCUUCGAACAACGGACGAUGCUCGAAAGAUUCAACAGCGGAUCUUGGAAAUGCUAGAUGCAGCAUCCAUCCCAGGCUUGAGCGAUAAGCAAUUGCGGGACAUUCUCCGAAUCAUCAUUGUAGGUGGCGGACCCAUCGGGAUCGAAGCAGCAGCGGAGUUAUACGAUCUCUGGCAUGAAGAUAUGCGAUUCCUGUAUGAACAUCUGGACGGGAAGUUCAGUAUUGAAAUCCAUGACGUUGCGCCAACGAUUCUGUCGAGUUUUGAUGAGAGAUUGGGAGAAUAUGCCCUGGAGAAACUGGAGAAGCGUGGGAUCAAAAUUCAGACAGAGAGUCAUAUUGAGAAAGUUGAGCCUGGGGCGAUGCACACAAAAGAAUUGGGAGAGAUCAAAUGUGGAAUGUUGUUGUGGGCUACCGGAAAUGGCGCGAAUCCUCUGGUUGAAAGUCUGGAUGUGAAGAAGAGCGAUAAGUUGCCGAGAGUACUCACGAAUCGUAGGCUGGAAGUCCUGGGAAGCGAUGAUCAGAUCAUCGAGGACGUCUAUGCGAUGGGUGACUCUGCGGAUAUCGAAGGGUACUCCCUGCCAAUGCUUGCGGAGGUGGCUGUUCAAAAAGCCGAGUAUUUGGCGAAACAGUUGAACCAAGACGGCCAGCCUGUGAAGCCUUUUGAAUACAGACAAAAGGCAAAUCUGGCAUAUCUUGGAGGCCAGGACGGAAUCAUUGGCGGUCAGGAGGAGUGGACUGGACAAUCUGCGUGGCUAGCGUGGAGAAGUGGUAGCAUCUGGCAUUGGCCUAGAAGUUGGAGGCGUACGCUGAUGAUUGGAAUCAGCUGGGUAUUCAAUGUGGUUGGGGGUAGGGAUAUUGCGAGGAAAUGGUGA